CCUUUUGGAAUACGGAGGGAUGAAAGUGCGCAUGCGCGGAAUCCACAGCCUCUCCGAAAGUACAGCCGGCGCGCCCCCGCGCUCACGCGCCCGCGCCGAGAGCAGAGCGUCCCGGAGCGCGUCCCGAACGAGAAGCAGAGCGGAGCGACGUCGUACCUGUUUAAAGGAGAAGUGAGGGGCGUUCACCAAAACAAACUAACAAACAAACAGAAGGAGGAUUAAAGGGUUUUUUUUGGAGGGGGACUAGCUGGUGGAAAUAACUUAAUUAGAGAAAUUUAAUUAAUGAUUCAAUUAUAAAGAAAAGAAACGGGUGCGCGCGAGGCGUCCCGGCGUUCACGAGCAGGAAGAUGCGGAAUAAAGCAGUGUUUAAUUAGAAGCAGCUGCUGAAGCUUUGGAGUUUCCUUCAAGUUCAGUUCCGGAUUAUAAAAUGGCUUGAGUUUUUUUUUUCUUUCUUAUUACUAUUAUUUUUUCUUUCUUUCUUUCUUUUUUUUCUUUAGGGAAAACCAGAGCUCAUGUUUGGAAUAGCGCUGAAACUUCACCGCGUCUGAAACGUGCUCAGAAAGACACCGGGAGGAUUUAAUAACCACCUGUUUCCGGACAGACCCGUGUCUCUUGUCUAUUUUAUCUUCUGUCCUCAUCAUGUCCAAAGCGACGCCGAAAAAGAGCCACUGGAGCGCGCGGGUGCGCGAGUGCGCGGUGCGUCGGGACGCGCGCGGGGACGUGAAUGUGCCGCUGCGCGGCGGCGCGGAGAACGGCGAGUUCGUGUACGUGGGCCGCGUGGAUCCCGGUUUCAUCAGCUACGACCACGGCAGCCUGACCGAGGGGGACCUGGUGCUGGAGGUGGACACCCUGGCCGUGUCCGGAUUGCCGCUGUACGACGUGCUGAGCGCCGUAAAGAACUCCAGAGGUGCCGUGAACCUCAAAACCGCCCCCCAAGGAAAUAAGCUGACCAAGGACCUUAAGCAAUACCUGAGCCAGAGGUUUCAGAAAUCUUCAGAGGACCACAAGCUCCAGCAGACCAUACGGGAUAACCUCUACCGCCAUGCCGUGCCUUGUACGACCCGCCCUCCUCGUGACCGAGAGGUUCCCGGAGUCGAUUAUAACUUCCUCUCGGUGGAGGACUUCCUGAAGCUCGAGCAGAGCGGGACACUCCUGGAGAUCGGCUCCUACGAAGGUAACUACUAUGGAACACCCAAACCGUCGAGCCAGCCCCCCGCUGCUAAAGUGAUUGGCGGAGAGGCGUCGCCCUACGACCAACAGCGCCCCCAGGAGACCACGCCCCGCCGCUCAAAGUCGUACAAUGAGAUGCAGAAUGCUGGAAUAGCCCCCGCCGACACAGAGGAUGAGGACGAGCUUCCUGAAAUGAACAGCAGCUUCACAGGAGACUCGAGUGAACCGGACGAGCACCCCUCCGUCCGCCCCUUUGCCCCACCUCAGCGGCUCAACAACGUCCCAACGGCAACCACGGAGAGCGCACAGAACACACACACACACCCCAGCCACCCCGCAGACGAGGACCCGCUGGGCCCUUUACCCGAAAACUGGGAGAUGGCUUACACCGAGAACGGCGAGGUCUACUUCAUAGACCACAACACAAAGACCACAUCCUGGAUCGACCCUCGGUGCCUGGACAAGCCCCAGAAACCCCUGGAGGAGUGCGACGAUGACGAAGGAGUUCAUACUGAGGAACUGGACAAUGAUCUAGAGUUGCCCACCGGCUGGGAAAGGAUCGACGAUCCAGUCUACGGGGUUUAUUAUGUAGAUCACAUUAACAGAAAGACGCAGUAUGAGAAUCCCAUACUGGAAGCUAAGAGGAAGAAGCAGUUGGAGCAGUCGCAGCCUGCGGAAGAGUGGAUAGAAGAGAACGCUUCAAGAGCACCGCUAGCCAGCUACGCCGCCAUUCACCGGGAGAUCCACAGAAGCCCCGAUCCUCCUUUAACUGCAGUAGAGGCCAAACGAGUGAAGCCUUUCUUCACACGAAACCCGGCCGAGCUGAAGGGAACGUUCAUCAACACCAAGCUGAAGAAGAGCCGGCGUGGUUUCGGUUUUACGGUGGUCGGCGGGGACGAGCCGGACGAGUUCCUCCAGAUCAAGAGUCUGGUGCUGGACGGGCCGGCCGCUCUGGACGGCAAAAUGGAGACAGGUGAUGUGAUCGUCAGCGUGAACGACACUUGCGUCCUGGGCUACACGCAUGCACAGGUGGUAAAGAUCUUCCAGUCCAUACCUAUCGGUUCCAUGGUGGACCUGGAGCUAUGCCGAGGAUACCCGCUGCCCUUCGACCCUGACGACCCCAACACCAGCCUGGUGACCUCCGUUGCUAUUGUGGACAAGGAGCCAAUCAUCGUCAACGGCCAAGAAAGCUACGACUCUCCAUCCAGCCACGGCAGCCACAACGGCACCACCAGCGAACCCCCUCGGCCCCUAAGCCCCACCCACGAGCCCAUCCCCGACGGCACGCAGGAGCAGCGUUUUGCCGGCGACGCGGUCACCAUGGCCUCAUCUAUCGCCACGCAGCCCGAGUUGAUCACGGUGCACAUGGAGAAAGGAGACAAGGGCUUUGGUUUCACCAUCGCAGACAGCCCGGGGGGCGGCGGCCAGCGGGUCAAGCAGAUUGUGGAUUACCCGCGAUGCCGAGGGCUCAGGGAAGGUGAUAUCAUUGUUGAGGUGAACAAGAGGAACGUGCAGAACCUUUCUCACAACCAGGUGGUGGAUCUGCUCAGCAAGUGUCCUAAAGGCAGCGAAGUCACCAUGCUGGUCCAGAGAGGGGUGGCUCCUGUCAAGAAAAGCCCAAAACUGCAACCUCUGGAGAGAAAAGACAGCCAGGGUAGCCACCGGAGCCUCCCCUCGGACUCGCCUCUUCACUCCUCGCAGGCUCCAUCCACAGAGACGGCAGCUCCGCCUCCCCCCGCCCAGCCGCUGCCCGGCCUGCCCCCUCAGGAGCCGGUGACAGACGGCACGCUCGCCAAGAAACCGGACCCGUUCAAAAUUUGGGCCCAAUCCAGGAGCAUGUAUGAAAGUAGGCUGCCAGACUACCAGGAACAGGAUAUCUUUCUGUGGAGGAAAGAUACAGGUUUUGGGUUCCGGAUCCUCGGAGGGAAUGAACCAGGAGAGCCAAUUUACAUCGGCCACAUCGUGAAGUACGGUGCCGCAGAUGAGGACGGACGCCUGCGCUCCGGAGACGAGCUGAUCUGCGUGGACGGGACGGCCGUGGUGGGCAAAUCCCAUCAGCUUGUAGUGCAGCUCAUGCAGCAGGCAGCCAAGCAGGGCCACGUCAACCUGACCGUCAGACGCAAAACUGGAUAUGGAGCGAAGGUGGACGGUGAAGUCCCUCCGUCUCCGGCCUCGUCCCAUCACAGCAGUACCCAGGCGGCGUCUCUGACGGAGGACAAGCGCACGCCUCAGGGCAGCCAGAACUCUCUAAACACGGUCAGCUCGGGCUCAGGCUCCACCAGCGGCAUCGGCAGCGGAGGAGGUGGUGGCGGUGGAGGAGGAAACAGUAGCGUAGUGCCAAGUGCGAUCCAGCCGUACGACGUCGAGAUCCGGCGCGGCGAGAACGAAGGCUUCGGCUUCGUCAUCGUCUCGUCCGUCUCCAGACCUGACACAGGGACGACUUUCGCUGGAAACACAUGUGUGGCCAUGCCUCAUAAAAUAGGGCGGAUCAUAGAGGGCAGUCCAGCAGACCGCUGCGGGAAGCUGAAGGUAGGAGAUCGGAUCCUCGCCGUCAACGGCUGCUCCAUCACCAACAAGUCUCACUCGGACAUCGUCAACCUGAUAAAGGAGGCGGGGAACACGGUAGCGCUGCGCAUCAUUCCAGGAGAUGAGUCCUCCAACGCGGCGCUGCUGACCAACGCUGAGAAGAUCGCCACCAUCACUACCACACACACACCUCAACAACAAGCUGCACCUGAGCCAAGAAACAACAGCAAACCAAAACAGGAGUCUUUCGAGUUUAAAGCGCCUCAGGUUCCUCCUCCACCAGCCCCCACACAAGCUACAAAUCAGGAAGGAGAGCUGUACUCAGUGGACCUGGAGAGAGACAGUAAAGGCUUUGGAUUCAGUCUGCGUGGAGGACGCGAGUACAACAUGGACCUGUACGUGCUGAGACUCGCCGAAGAGGGAGCAGCGGUGCGCAGCGGCAAGAUGAGGGUAGGAGACGAGAUUUUGGAGAUUAAUGGCGAGAGCACCAAAGGCAUGAAGCACACCCGCGCCAUCGAGCUGAUUAAGAGCGGCGGCCGGACAGCACACCUGGUGCUGAAACGCGGCGACGGCUCGGUCCCCGAAUAUGACGGCAACGACGACAACAACGGCCCCGUCGUCGGGGCUCAAACUGUUUCGGAAGUGAACCCAGCGCCUCCUAACAGACUGCAUCACCCGCCAUUGGAAUCCAGCUCUCCACAAGACCUUCAUAAAACAUCCAGGAACGAGGACAGGAGGAAAGGCGAGUCAGGUCAGCGCAAGCACGGCCAUCGCUCUAAUCAUCACCAUAGCAACCACAGACACCGUUCCCCGGACAAAAGGGGCAGGAACACACAUCAUAGUAAGAAAAGAAGCAGCAGUGGUAAUAACCGGAGAAGAGACGAGAAGAGGUACAGCAAGGAUGAUUCAUCCAGCCAUCAGCACCACCGGAGGCACCAUUCGCCGGAGAGGAGGCGGCGGACGAGGAGCGCCGACAACACUUUGGACAGCCGGCACGAACGUCGGCACGGCCGAUCCCCGAAUAGACGCCACCAUCGUCACUCUUCUCCACAAAGGCACCGUUCCCCACAUCGAUCAGGGCACAGGCACAGGUCCCCUCACCGUCGCAAAUCGCCGUAUCGUUCCCCACAUCGCUCCAAAUACCAGUCCCCACGUCGCCAAUCCAACCCUCCUUCUGACGGGCCACGCAAUGGCAAACCGCAGCGGGAUGAGGAUGAGGGCCUGAAGGAUCCUCCAUCUCCUGUGUCUUCUUUCAACUUGGACAGUGUCCUGGAUGAGUUGCCUGCAACGGAGCGGCCAAACCGUGAGAGCCCUUUGCCACGGACGACGUACGAUGGUUUAGAGCGUGGCAAUGAUCUGUCUUUCCCUGGCAAAUCCUACAGUCACCUCAACAGUACUAGCACCCUUCCCCGACAGUUUGUUAACAGCAACAAUGGUAAUAGCCUCCCCCAGUUCUACGAUCGUUCGAACCGUGAUGACAUCCUCCCCAGGCAGUCGUACGACCGCUUGAACCAUGACGAUACCCUACGUCGAAUGCCGUACGGCCGCGCGAACCGAAAUGAACCUCUCCGCCAAGAGCCCUACAACGGUUUGUCCCAAAGCAAUCCUUUUCCCAGAGAAACGAUCGACCGAUUUUCGACCAUGGAGCGGACAUACAAUGGGGACAGCUUGCCCCGGAGAACUUACCAGGACCAGAGCCUUCCCCGCAUCCGAACCCCGGAUUCCGGUGCAGCUUUCCAGAAGUACAGUUCGCUGUUAAGGGGUCGCUCUCCAGAGAGAAAGAGCCGAUUAUCCCAGUCGGAUACUCCAGAAAUGACCUCCUACCGAGCCAGGAGCCUUGACCCAGACAUGCUACCUGCAAGAGGUUCUCGAAACAUGGUUGACCCCGACGAGGAAGACAACGCAAGCAGUGUAAGAAAUUACUACAGCAAACUCAAGUCCAAUUACGGCAAAGUCAACAAUCCACUCCCCGAGCCCAAGAAGACGGCCUACAAAGAGAGCUCCAAAGAUCUCAGCAUCUGACAGACUGGCACGGAACAGCAAACGCCCUCGCGCCGUCUGAGGACCUUGUAUACUAUGCUAUGAAUUUGACAUUCCUAUGUUUUCCUAGACAGAUUACUUGACAACUUGUAACAAACAGCGGAAGAAUGGGUUUUUGGUUUUUUUUGCUGUACUUUCCAGGAAUUGUUGGUGGUUUUUUUUUUAUUAUUUCUUUUCCUACACAAACAGUUCUACAUCUAUCAGAGAUUGACGACUAUGUAUAAAGAAAACGAUUAUGUGCCUAAUAGUACCAUUCUUGAUGGUUUUUAUUUUAUAAAGGGCAGUUUUUUGAACUACUGUCUGAUUAAAGUAUUUUUCGGUUUAAGAGACCACACCCAUGCACCGAGCAUCUCUCCUCACUGGGUGCUCACAUGUAUGCUGUGCAUGUCUUUACACGUUCAGUGUCUUUUUCUUCUUUAUUUUGUUCUUUCUCUCCCUCGGUGCCAAUGAUUUUUACACAUUUGACCAGAGUAUAGCACAAGUCUGCAUUCGUUUGUAUAUUUUUGACAGUUUGCAGUACGUGUACAUUCAGAGGUGAUUGUUUUACGAGAAUGAAGGGAACAUGAAGUUAAAAUAUGAUAAUGUGAGAAUAAAAUAUAUACACAAUCUUCA